AUGUCAUCCCAAUGGAUCCUGUUCGUGGUGAUAGCAGUUCACUUGGUGCACUGCAAUGAGAAUGAUAUCAAGGACCCAGCACCCAUAGUUUACGAACCAUCAUGGGUAUACAAGUGUAUGGGGACCGACGGUUGCCAGCGGUCCAACCGGCCUAUGCCAGCGGGUAACUCCUCAUUGUACUACGACAGCUUGUCACUCUGUCGAACUGUUUGCGGCCGUUUCGGCGGAAUCUGGCCGAAGCCCGUGUCCGCUGUUCUGAGUACACAAACAGUGAAAAUACAUCCCACGAACUUGCGGUAUGAUUUGAGCAACGUCCCAGCGGAGGCGAGAGAGAUGGUCGCGCAGAUGACGCAAGUGACGUCAUCGAACCUGAUAGCCGAGUGCGCGGGCAACGUCACCGACUUGACGGACACCCGUGUGGUGGUCUACCUUACCGUGAGAGGCACAAGCCUCGACCUCACCUGGGACACAAACGAGGAGUACUUCCUCGAUGUGCAGACGAAAGAGAGCGGUGUAGCAGUUCGGAUCGACGCCGAAAACGUGUACGGAAUGCGUCACGGUUUAGAAACCUUCAGCCAACUGGUGACGUCAGAUAAGCCCGACCACUCGCGCCAAACUGAAUGUGGUCUGCGUAUUGUCAUAGGUGCCAAGAUCAGAGACAAACCCGCAUACAAACACAGGGGUUUAGUCCUGGAUACCUCUAGACACUUCAUACCGAUGAAAGAUAUCAAGAGAAUGAUCGACGGCAUGGCUUCAACUAAAAUGAACGUUUUCCAUUGGCAUGUCACUGAUUCGCACAGUUUUCCUUUGGAGUCAACAAGGGUACCGCAGUUUACAAGGUACGGUGCUUACUCAUCUUCCGAGAUCUAUUCUGCGGAGGAAGUGCGUCAACUGAUCAAAUAUGCCCAAAUUCGAGGAGUACGCGUCAUCAUAGAGAUAGAUGCGCCGGCGCACGCAGGAAACGGAUGGCAGUGGGGGAAGGACUAUGGCUUCGGCGAUCUAGCCGUGUGCGUGAACUCGGAACCUUGGAGACAUCUCUGCAUCGAGCCCCCUUGUGGUCAGCUGAAUCCGGCCAAUCCCGUCAUGUACCGAGUUCUGAGAAACUUGUAUAGGGAUAUAGCUGAAGUUCUUCCCAAGCCGGCUGUCUUUCAUAUGGGAGGUGACGAGGUUUUCUUCGGGUGCUGGAACUCGAGCGAGGCAAUAGUAAAAUUCAUGGAAGACAAAGGCAUGGAGAGAACUGUGGAAGGGUUCAUAAAAUUGUGGGGAGACUUCCACACUAACGCCCUACAAGCUUGGGACGAAGAAUUGAAGUCUCUGGGUAUUAAUGAACCGCAACCAGUGAUGAUCUGGUCUUCGGAACUGACUCAGGCACAUAGGAUACAGAAGUACUUGAGUAAAGACAGAUACAUCAUCGAAGUAUGGGAACCUGUGCUAAGUUCUCUUCUAAUAGAUCUUUUAAGGCUUGGAUAUCGAACUGUAUCUGUGCCCAAAGAUAUAUGGUAUUUGGAUCAUGGAUUCUGGGGACAGACGAAGUAUUCCAAUUGGAGAAGAAUGUAUACCCAUAUGCUGCCAAAAGACUCUAACGUGUUAGGCGGAGAAGUUGCAAUGUGGACGGAAUAUGUCGAUGAGAAUGCUUUAGAUACUCGCGUUUGGCCACGGGCAGCAGCAGUGGCGGAGAGAUUAUGGUCAGAUCCUUUAUCCUUGCCCAAUUCUGCUGAGCCUCGUCUCCAACGAUUUAGAGAACGACUUAUUGCAAGGGGAUUAAGACCUGAUGCCAUGUCUCCUGCUUGGUGUGCACAACACGAUUCUAGAUGUCUUUAG